ACCCGAGGAAGGCGAGCGGUGUGUUUGAAUUAUCUGUGUUGACAUUCUUCAUGGUUGAGAAGUCAUCAAGUGGUUGCUAAUAGUUGGCAGUCCACCUGUGAUGGUUGGAGCUUAUGAGGUGUGCGUUCUGCUGAACCUAAUGUUUGAUACACCUUCUCACAGUUCCUUGAUGACAGCCCAGCCUGGCCAGCAUGAACCUCCUGUCCUCUGAAGGAUGCCAAUCUGACCUCUGACCUCAGCAUGGAAUCCUUCAGCAGCAGCUAUCACCAUAACAAAAGCAUCAACGGGGCUCCACUGGGGCGUAUCGUCAUGAUGGGACCCAAAAUCCUUUACGGGAAACGUGAGUACUCCUCAGCGUCUGAAGCCCUCGAAGAUUACAUCUGUGAGUUUGAAGGCAGUGGGAGGAAACUGAAGUUCAGCUACUCACAGCGGAGUAAAAAAGAUGUCCUUGACUUGCUGACAACUGGGUUGUCUCCAAGUGUUUAUGACGGCACUCGUCGGGUUAACGGGGUGUCUGAAGACGACACUAGAGGCUCUGUUCCACAAGAUCCAAAUCGUUCAGCGAUGAGUCUUGGAAAUAGACUGAGUCUGCGAGAUCUUCAAAGCAGUAGUACGCUCACAGGCAAUCUCAGCAGGCUAGACAUUUCCCGAGCCAGCAUUGAAGAGUCCUUUCGUAGGAUGAAGGAAGUCGACGAUGCAUUUAAAGUGGCUCACACAUUGAACCAGUCCCAUGAUGUGUUGAGGAAGGUGGAAGAAGACAGGCUGUCUGACAUAGGGGAAUCCCCUUCCAGGUGUGACAUGCGGUCUCUGGCCACCGAGAGUCUCAUCAGUGUCAACCCCUACCCAUUCAGCAAUGGCGUCCCUGAGGUAACAGCUGUACCACAGAACCCAGAGCCUCAACGGAGAGGUCACAUUUAUUCCUACAGGACCCCACGGUCGCGUUCACAUACAGUAUCUGGGGUCAACUUUACUCAGGCCAACAACAAGUUUGUCGGUGAAACAAAUGGUGCUUUUAAGAAUGAGGCUGCUUUCGGGAGCACUAGUUAUGGAGCCACACGUCCUCACAGUGGACAAGGGAGACAACUCUCUGCAGACAAACAGCUUUUUCCCACUUCCAGGUACAGAAGCAGAUCGGCCUCACCUAAUGUGGACAGAAGUAAGUAUAACCCAAAGACAGGGAGUCGACAGGCACCCAGCUGGCUGGAGGAUCUGGAUAGCUCACGAGACAGUCGGCUGAGUGCUGCUGAGAAUCCGAGGGCGCCCUCUGGUGCCAGGAGGACCCCAAGCUGGAUAGAGGAUAUUGUAGGGUCCACAGCAUCAUCGGUGACUGACAUCAAACAUGUGCCAGUGUCAUCUGACAAUCUGUCAGUCGGGUCAGGAUGCUCCACAGUAAAUGACUCAAAGAGCUCUAGCUCUUGCAUGGCCCCAGUGCUUUAUGUGUCUGACCUCAACAUUGGGGCAGGGUCAGAGGUCAGGCAAGCUGAAAAGCGCAGGCCUGCCAGUGCUCAAAUUCACACGUCUACGCCUUCAAAACCAAGGGGUGCUAGAAAUGAUGUUUCAGCAAAAAUUGGUUUGGCGAAUGGCCUUCCCGAUCGAUUUCGAAUUCCUUCUGACUCCCUGGAUGGAAAAACUGUCAGCUCAAUUUCUUUCUCAAAUGCUAGGCUAGCGAGGAGUUUAGACAACACAACAGACUUGCGAGUUAACUGUGCUGAAAAUGAGGACAGGAUAGGCAAAAUGCUGAAGGAGUUAGAUGUGAUCAAGACAAAGCUUAAGUCUUCCAGUGAGGACGCCACCAGUUGCCUAAGGGAGAUAACUAUAGAUCAAAGAGCAGAUAACUUCACAGAGACUCCAGAAAUUUCCUCAAGCCAGGAGCCAGGCAAGGCUGACCGUCGUUUGCUUGACAAGGACAGCCCAGCUGUUAGCUCCUACCUCCAGGGAAAUGAGCAAGAUCCACACAUGUUGGCCGUGAGCCAUGACCCCUGUUCCAGCCCAUCAUCCGGCGUGACAGAUGAGAUUCUCCAAGGGGACAGGCCCUGGGAGAGAGCUCCUGUGUCAGUAAUGAAAAGCUCAUUCGGUGAUGGAGAUACAAGGGUGUGUGGUGCUUCACGACCAGGUGUCAUUGGAGAUUUUCUUAAUGACUGUCUUAACGAGAAAAACAAACAAGCCACUCAGACUUCUUCACAUGACACUCCGAAUGCGAGAUCUUUGGAAGAUCUGAAGUCUGAGGAAACUCCAAGAUCUCUGGAAGCAUUCCAGACCUUAGGCCAAGGAUCUCAACAUCGAUCUUUAGAUGCAUUGAAGGUUUUGAGCAGGGAAUCUCAGCAGGGAUUUACAGAUGCCAUGAAAAUCUCAAGUGGGGAAUCUCAACGGGGAUCUAGGGAUGCAGUGAAAAUCCUGAGUGGAGAAUCUCAACAGAGAUCUACAGAUGCAGUGAAGGUCCUGAUUGGGGGAUCUACAGAUGGAGCGAAAAUCCCAAGUAAGGAAUCUGUGCAGGAAUCUCCAGAUGCAGGAAAAAUAACGAGUAGGGAAUCUCAACAAUGUUCUAUGGAUUCCAUAAAAAUUCUCAGUGGGGGAUCUCAACUGGGAUCUAUGGAUGCCGUGAAAAUCCUGAGUGGGGGAUCUGAGAGUAGAUCUAGGGAAGCUCUAAAAACUGUGGCAUCCCAUCCAGAAGCUACAGAAGCCCAGAAGACUUUGAGUGGGGGAUCUCAACCAGGAUCUAUGGAAGCCCUGAAGAACAUGUUGUUCAGAUUACAAUCUGAGGCUUCAACUACCCAGCAAGAAGGCUAUGAAGAGAGAGAUAUGGCUGUACGGUGUAGAGAUUUGGCAGUCCAGUGUAUCCAGAUAGAUGAUGUGGAUGAUGUGAUAGACCCAGACAGAUUAUCUGUGGCUGAUGACUUUAACACGGGCCCAGGGGCAGAGUGUUUAGAGAGAGCCUUGGUUCAUCUGUCACGUUUGAAGACCCUGGUUCAGAGUAGCGCAUUUAACCCGGAGCCCAGAAACAAGUCAACUUUCAACGCCUUGCCUUCCAAUCCGUAAUGGGACAUCUAUCAUGACUACAGCGAAUGAAAACGUCUUCCAUAGCAGAAUUUAUUGACUGGAUUAUAGAUCUACCAUCAGUAAUAAAUCACAAUAGAAGAGAUAGAAAAAAGGCAUUUUGUCCAUUUAUCUAAGUAACUCCAGAGCAAUCGUAUUUUACUCUGUGGUAGGCGAUACAGAAAUUUUUUUUCCUUUCCUUGAUCUGAAUACUUCAUAAGUAGUUUAGAGUUAAGUGAGCACGCCAGAGUCUCACGCCAUAUUUUCUAUCUCCGGUUAUAAAGAAUGCAUCUCCGACCUGUCAGAUGCAGAUCCUGACUGCCCAGAUGCCUUAGUGGGAUUUCGGUAUAAGCAGUGGUAUGAUGUGCUGCCCCUUAAAGGUGUCCUGUGGCGUAUUAUACACUCUAUGCCACAAAGUUUGACAGGUACACGUGCUUCUACCAAUAUGUGAUAGUUUAUCCUGCCCCCAGGAUCACGAAGCCCUCUCAGAUCUAGUCUUACCUUGUGCCAUUAUUCAAGGUCUUAGAUUUGUCAUUAAAUUAUGAUUUUUCAAUUUAGUAGUGUUGGUGUGCGAUAUCU